GUCAUUCAUUAGUGCGCCAGUUGAAUAAAACCAGCAGCACGUCCGGCUCCGCCAUAAGAUAAAACUCGCAGCAAGUGACGAGUAAUUGCACCAAAAGUGAAUUGAUUUGCUCCAUUUACACAAUGAAAUACAUUCUCAUAACGGGGGGAGUCAUUAGUGGUGUUGGAAAAGGUGUUAUUUCAAGUUCGUUUGGUGCAAUUUUGAAGUGUUGUGGCAUUGAAGUAACGUCUAUAAAAAUCGAUCCCUACAUUAACAUAGACGCUGGCACGUUCUCGCCAUAUGAACACGGGGAAGUUUAUGUAUUGGAUGAUGGAGGUGAAGUAGAUCUUGAUUUAGGAAAUUACGAACGUUUCUUAAACAUUACCCUACAUCGUGACAACAAUAUCACAACCGGAAAAAUCUAUCAAGCCGUGAUAGAAAAAGAAAGGCACGGUGAUUAUUUAGGCAAAACGGUUCAAGUUGUGCCACAUAUUACUGACGCUAUCCAGGAAUGGGUAGUUCGUGUAGCAAAAAUUCCCGUCUCAGAAUCGGGGAAAAUCCCCGAAGUAUGUAUAAUCGAAUUGGGAGGAACGAUCGGUGAUAUCGAGAGUAUGGCCUUUGUGGAGGCAUUCAGACAAUUCCAGUUUAGGGUCAAACGAGAGAAUUUUUGCGUAGCUCAUGUGUCUCUUGUUCCUCAGCCCCGCACAACCGGCGAACACAAAACCAAGCCCACCCAGUCUUCCGUGCGAGAGCUCCGAGGACUGGGUCUCUCUCCCGACAUAAUCGUCUGUAGAUCAGAGAAACCAAUAGGCCAGAAUGUCAAAGAUAAAAUAUCGAAUUUUUGUCACGUCGCUCCGGAGCAGAUAAUCAGUAUUCCGGACUUGCGUUCGAUUUAUGAAGUUCCGGUGUUUAUGGAAUCGCACGGUAUCGCCGAAUAUCUUUGCAGUCGGCUGGAUUUAGGCGUGAAACUUUUGCCUCCAAUGAGGAAAUACAUGAGGCAAUGGAUUGAACUCACCGAACGUAUCGAACAUUUAAAAUAUGAAGUUAAUGUGGCUUUAGUCGGGAAAUAUACGAGAUUGGAGGAUUCGUACACGUCUAUAACCAAAGCACUACAACAUGCUGCCAAUAAGAUUGGGUAUAAAGUUAAUAUUAAGUUUAUCGAGGCUUCGAAUUUGGAGAAGGCGAUGUUAGCGGAAGAUCCUGCAGCUUAUCAUGACGCUUGGCACCAGCUUUGCAAAUGCGACUGUGUUGUGGUUCCUGGAGGUUUCGGCAAACGUGGCGUCGAAGGCAAAAUAGAAGCAUGCAAAUGGUGUCGUGUUAAUUCGAAACCAUUUCUGGGCAUUUGUUUGGGAUUCCAAACUGCUGUGAUUGAAUUCGCUCGUAAUGUACUUAAUUUUAAAGAUGCCCAUUCGACCGAAUGUAACGAAACCGUGGAACACCCUGUGAUUAUAGACAUGCCCGAACAUAACACGGGCGAUAUGGGAGGAACAAUGAGGUUGGGCAAGCGAACGACGGUUUUCAAACCCAAUACCCAGAGCAAAAUUAAGCGUCUUUAUGGCAAUAAGGAGCAAAUCGAGGAGCGUCACAGGCACAGAUACGAAGUCAAUCCCAAAUACAUUGAAGAUCUCGAAAAGCAAGGAUUAAAGUUCGUGGGAGUGGACAUUGACGCAGAACGAAUGGAAAUCCUGGAAAUCCCAACCCAUCCCUAUUACGUAGCAGUGCAAUUUCAUCCCGAAUAUUUAUCAAGACCCAUGGAACCCUCACCACCAUUUAUGGGUCUUAUUCUAGCUGCUAAAGACAGGCUUAACUCGUAUUUUGCUAGAGGUUGUAAAUUAUCUCCCAGAGAACCACAAUCGGAUUAUUACGAUUCUGAUGAUGAUGUGGAUCAUUUAACGUUGAAACAAGCUACGCUUUAUUCCACAGAUGAAACUGAUGGAAGCAGUACUUAAAUUAUUCUAUGAGAAACUAACAUUCCUGUUGUCAUAGUUGCCACAAAUACUGUUUAAAAAAUUAUGAUUUUUAAGUGAUGGGCGACUUGAUAAAUUUUUGAUCAAAGUAGUGUAACAUUAACUAUCAAACGUCAAACUUGACAAUUGUCAUUCAUAAUUUGUUGUUACGUUUUGAUCAGAAUUUUUUUUUAUUAAAAUGUUGCUUACGUAGAAUUGCCGUUGUGUAAAAAUGGCAUUUGACUACUAUUUUUAUCGAAUUUGACUACUUCAUCACAUGAGGGAAAGUAAGUUUAUUUUACGAAUCCUCCUUUUAUUUAUCUUUAUAUUUGGACGUUAAUUGGCAUUUGUGCCCAUCAUUAUUCAUAAUUUUUUAAGCAGUAACGUAACGUGUUUACCAUAUUCCUGUUUAGUGUUAAAUUAUUUGAGUUUAUAAAAAAAAAGCGCAACAUUAUUUUGUUUAUUGAAGAGUUUAAGAAUAAACAUAUUUUUGCUUUA